CGAGCUUCCACGAGGAAAGGAGCCACCGUUAGACCGUAGAAGAAGAAAGGAGCAACCGUUAGAGCGUAGAAGAAGAAAGGAGCCACCGUUAGACCGUAGAAGAAGAAAGGAGCCACAGUUAGACUGUAGAAGAAGAAGGGAGCAACAGUUUGACCGUAGAAGAAGAAAGGAGCAACCGUUAGACCGUAGAAGAAGAAAGGAGGCACGGUUAGAGCGUAGAAGAAUAAAUUAGCUAGUUAGACGUAGAAGAAAAAGAAGCUAACGCAGUUAAACAAGAAGAAAAAGAAGCUAAAGAAGUUAAACCGUAGAAGAAGAAGAUCGCAGUUAAUUGGUGCGGUGAUGGCGGAGCGGCGGCUGCAGUGUUCAUGGAAGAGACACGUCUCAGAGCAGCUGAAGAUCAGAGACCGAGUCCAGAGACACGCCUUCGAGGAGAUCGUCCUCCAGUAUAACCGGCUGCUGGAGAAGUCCGACCUGCAGACGGUUCUGUCGGAACGAUACCAGACAGACAAGUAUGAGGUCCAGAGAGGACACGAGUCCAGCUCGGGGACAGACGGCGGCCGCAGUGCCGUCCUGCAGCAGGAGACGUCUCAGAUGAGAAUCAAACACCAGGAGGAGCUGACGGAGCUGCACAAGAAACGAGGAGAGCUCGCGCAGAACGUCAUCGACCUGAACAACCAGAUUCAACAGAAGGACAAGGAGAUCCAGAGCAACACGGCCAGGAUGGUGGUGUACCAGCAGCAGACCUCCAGCCUGGAGGGAGAGGGUCGUGAGCUGAGGAGCCUCCUGCAGGACCUGGAGAGGGCCAACCAGACCCUAAAGGACGAGUACGACGCCCUGCAGAUCACCUUCUCUGCUCUGGAGGAGAAGCUGAGGAAGACCACCGAAGACAACCAGGAGCUGGUGUCCCGCUGGAUGGCCGAGAAGGCUCAGGAGGCCAACAAGCUGAACGCCGAGAACGAGAAGGACAGCAGGCGGAGACAAGCCAAGCUGCAGAAGGAGCUGGCCGACGCAGCCAAGGAGCCGCUCCCCGUCGAGCCGUCAGUACUCCUCCGUCUGCUUCACAGGCCGCCGUCGGGCCCCGCUGACUGUGUUGUCUUCAGGGACGACGACAUCGAGGUUCUGGCAGAGGACGCCAAGGCGGCCGGAGAGACCUCCCCGAAGAGGCCGCUCGGCAGAACCCCCAGUCACGUCUCCCAGCCUCCUGGUGGUCUGCUGGACUCCAUCUCCAACUCCAUAUUUCGCAGGCGCCGAGCCCCCAAUGCGCUCAGCUCUUCACCGGAGAACCCAGAACCUCCGUCUGGACCGUGUGCCGAGGUCCGGGUCCCCACCACGGCACUGCACGUGUUUGAAGCACACGACGGCGAGGUCAACGCGGUGAGGUUCAGCCCUGGAUCUCGUCUCCUAGCAACAGGAGGGAUGGACCGCAGGGUGAAGCUGUGGGAGGUGGUUGCAGGUCGCUGUGAGCCUAAAGGCGCUCUGACCGGCAGCAACGCCGGAAUCACCAGCAUCGAGUUCGACAGCGCGGGCUCCUACCUGCUGGCCGCCUCCAACGACUUCGCCAGCCGCAUCUGGACCGUGGAGGACUCGCGGCUGAGGCACACCUUGACGGGCCACAGCGGGAAGGUGCUGGCCGCUCGCUUCCUGUUGGACAACGCUCGCAUCGUCUCCGGGAGCUACGACCGGACCCUGAAGCUGUGGGACCUGCGCAGCAAAGUCUGCAUGAAGACGGUGUUCGCCGGGUCCAGCUGCAACGACAUCGUGUGCACGGAGCAGUGCGUCAUGAGCGGCCACUUCGACAAGAAGGUCCGCUUCUGGGACAUCAGAGCGGAGAGCAUCGUCCAGGAGCUGGAGCUGCUGGGCCGAGUGACGUCUCUGGACCUGAACCACGACCGCACCGAGCUGCUCACCUGCUCCAGAGACGACCUGGUGAAGAUCAUCGACCUGCGGACCUGCAGCGUGAAGCAGACGCUCAGCGCUCAGGGCUUCAAGUGUGGAGCCGAUUGGACCAGAGUCACCUUCAGUCCUGACGGCCGCUACGUGGCCGGAGGCUCAGCUGACGGAGCGCUGUACAUCUGGAACGUCCUGACGGGGGAAGUGGACCGGACUCUGGACCGGAAACACAACUCGGCCAUCAACUCGGUGUCCUGGUCGCCUUCAGGAGCCUUCGUGGCCAGCGUGGAGAAGGGCAGCAGGGCCAUCCUGUGGUCUGACAUGUGACCGGCUGCAGGGGGCGGAGCCUGAUGGAGACGGGCAGCAGGGCCAUCCUGUGGUCUGACAUGUGACCGGCUGCAGGGGGCGGAGCCUGAUGGAGACGGGCAGCAGGGCCAUCCUGUGGUCUGACAUGUGACCGGCUGCAGGGGGCGGAGCCUGAGGAGGACAGCGGCUCCAUGUUGAUGGAUUUGAGGUCUUAAUAAACUGUAAAUAUUAAUCACUUAAA